AAGGAUCCCAGCGACCACCUGCUGAUUGACAACCAUGAACCCCAAACAGUCUUUACGCCUCUUCGUGUUCCUUCUGACAUUUGCCACCGCUCUGGCCACAGAUCUGUUGCCGAGGCAAUACAUCCAGAUAAGGAACCCUCGACCAAUUAUUGGACAAUACCACCGAAAGGGAGUUACAAAUUGUGCCAAUUUUGUCCUGAGCACAGAUAGGAAAACUCUCUAUGUGGGAGCCAGAGACACUGUUGUCGCUCUUGACACUGCCAGAGCUAAAAUCAAUAACCAGAAGGGCAUGGUACGCUGGGCCCCCAAGAGGGAGAUAAAGGACAUCUGUAACUCAAAGCCAAACAGGAGGCCACCUCCUGCAGCCAUGGCAGCCACAGCCUCCUCCUCUUCCACAGACACCCCACCCGGCAGUUGCCACAGCAGCCUUCUCCUCCAGCGCUCGCCUCAGCAGCAUGAGCAGGAGGAGAGGCUGUCUUGUCAUGUUCUGAACUGGAGCAGUGCUAACCUAAUGCUCUAA